AUGGCCUUCCUCAUCCUCGUGAUCGGGGACCUCCACAUCCCGGACCGCGCCUUCGACAUACCACCCAAGUUCAAGAAGCUCCUCUCCCCGGGCAAGAUCGGCCAGACGCUGUGCCUGGGCAACCUGACGGACAAGCCGACGUACGAGCUGCUGCGGUCCAUCGCGCCGGACCUCAAGAUCGUCAAGGGCCGGAUGGACGUGGAGGCGACGUCGCUGCCGCUGUCGCAGGUGGUGACGCACGGGUCGCUGCGCAUCGGCUUCACCGAGGGCUUCACGCUGGUGUCGGCCGAGCCCGACGUGCUGCUGGCCGAGGCCAACCGUCUCGACGUCGACGUGCUGUGCUGGGGCGGCACCCACCGCUUCGACGCCUUCGAGUACAUGGACAAGUUCUUUGUCAACCCGGGCUCCGCCACCGGCGCCUACACCACCGGCUGGCUCGGCAAGGAGGGCCCCGCCAAGGACGGCGCCGACGAGUCCAUCACCCCGAGCUUCUGCCUCAUGGACGUCCAGGGCAUCUCGCUCACGCUCUACGUGUACCAGCUGCGCAAGGAUGCGAAUGGCGUCGAGAACGUCGCCGUCGAGAAGGUUACUUAUACCAAGCCUGUCGAGCCCGCGGCAGAAUCGUGA